AUGGAUGCUGAACAUAAAGUACCAACGAGGAGGAGAAGAGGAAGACCACAGGGAAGGUUCAUGGAUGUAGUGAAGGAGAACAUGCAGAGGCAACAAACAUUAAAUAAAUUUUCACACUCUGUCCUCCCUGCAGAUGCAGCCAUUCCUGUGGGCAUCGAUGUGCAGGUGGAGAGCAUCGACAGCAUCUCCGAGGUUAACAUGGACUUCACCAUGACUCUGUAUCUGCGUCACUACUGGAAGGACGAGAGGCUGUCGUUUCCAUCACACAACAACCAGAGCCGGACGUUCGACUCCCGGCUGGUGAAGAAGAUCUGGGUUCCUGACGUUUUCUUCGUCCACUCCAAACGUUCCUUUAUCCACGACACUACCAACGAUAACAUCAUGCUGCGGGUUUACCCUGAUGGAAACAUCCUCUACAGUGUCAGGGCAACUGUGACGGCCCUCUGCUCGAUGGACUUCAGCAGUUUUCCUCUGGACACCCAGAACUGCUCGCUGGAGCUCGAGAGCUACGCAUACAAUGAGAACGACCUGAUGCUGUACUGGAAGAACGGGAACGACUCCCUGAGGACGGACGAGAUUGUCUUGUCUCAGUUCUUCAUUGAGAAUUUUCAUGCCUCUAGUGGCCUUGCCUUCUACAGCAGCACAGGUUGGUACAAUCGUCUCUUCAUAAACUUCAUCCUGAGGCGGCACAUCUUCUUCUUCAUGCUUCAGACAUACUUCCCCACCAUGCUGAUGGUGGUCCUCUCCUGGGUCUCCUUCUGGAUUGACAGGAGGGCUGUUCCUGCUCGAGUGUCUCUGGGUAUGACCACAGUACUCACCAUGUCCACCAUCAUCACUGGAGUGUCCUCCUCCAUGCCUCAGGUGUCAUAUGUGAAAGCGGUGGACAUCUACCUGUGGACCAGCUUCCUGUUUGUCUUCCUGUCUGUGAUCGAGUACGCAGCUGUGAACUACUGCACCACUCUGGAGGAGAUGAGGAAGAUGAGGAGGGGGAAGAUCCCCUCCACUUUUAAUGCCAGCCAGGCUAUGGCCUUUGACGGCUGUUUCCAUGACGAUGACAUUGAGCUGACCACGUUCCCUCGGAUGGCUGCCACGCUGACCUCUGAGCCUCUGACCACGCCGAGCCAGAACUCAGACAUCCGUCCCUCAGAGGGCACUCGGCUGCGGCGGCAGCGGUCGGUGCGUGAAAACGUGGAUCGGCUGGUCAGCAACAGCUACAUGAUCGACUCGUACUCACGCCUGGCCUUCCCUCUGUCCUACCUACUCUUCAACACCAUCUACUGGAGCCUGUACUCCUGA